AUUCGUUGUCAGUCUUCCUACUUUCUCAGAAACUUCUCCCAUUUCUUGUUAUUCCAUAAAUCCAACGAUCAAACUUUGGAUCCUCAUCUGACUUCUCUUCAGAGACCAUAAAUUCCCAAAAUCCACUUCCAGCAACACGACAACUCCUACAAUUCAUAUGACCCCACAAUACCCAUUCAGAUUCCACCACAAACGUCUUUGAUUGCAUCUUUCCAACACAAACACGUCUUUGAUUGCAGUUUUCCAACACACCGGAUUUCGUCUGCUGAUACUGGUAAUUGUUUCACUUCCUCUUUCUUAUGUUAGUCAGUUUCGAUCCAGAUUGGCUAAGUUUAUGAAAGAAUUGAAAUCUAGAAGCUUUCAGAUUCUUCCAGAGCUUGAUUCUGAUUUCUGAAAGUGAGAUAUGGAUGAAGAUAGAGAGUCAACAAGAUACUGGUGUCAUCAAUGUAAUAGGCCCGUAGUCCCGAUCAUAGAAGUGCUAACAAUCAAGUGUUCGAGUUGUCAUGGUGAAUUCAUGGAGGAAAUGGAUAGUGUCACAAGCGACCACCACCACCACCACCGUGAAGAUGUUCCUGACCGUGGUCAGUCGUUAUGGGCUCCAGUCUUUCUCGGCAUGAUGAACAACCCUCGCCGUCGCCGGAGAUUUUCCCACAUCGACUUUGAUGAAGAUAACGAGGAAGAAGACCGCCACCGGAGCUACAACUUCCGGGAGGGAGGAGACUCUGAUUUGGACCGUGAGUUUGAGUCCAUCAUGAGGAGGCGGGGCCGGAGCUCCGCCGCCAUCCUCCACCUCCUCCAAGGUGUUCGAUCUGGAUCUGAAAACAAUACAUCACAAGAACGUGAUCAUGAUAGGGAACGUGUUAUUCUGAUUAAUCCUUUUAAUCAGACAAUAGUUGUUCAAGGUAGCGGUGGUGGGACCCAUCCAAUUGGUUCUUUAGGUGACUAUUUUUCGGGUCCCGGAUUAGACGAAUUACUACAACAUUUAUCUGAAAUUGACCCGAAUAGACACGGAACCCGACCCGCACAAAAACAGGCGGUGGAAGCAAUGCCAACUGUAAAAAUCGAUGAAAAUUCAGUUCAAUGUUCGGUUUGUUUGGAUGAUUUUGAAGUUGGAAAUGAAGCUAAAGAGAUGCCAUGUAAACAUAAGUUUCAUAGCAAAUGUAUUCUACCAUGGUUAGAGCUUCAUAGCUCGUGUCCCGUUUGCAGGUUUGAGUUACCUUCUGAUGAAACAAGACCCGGCCAAGAGACAAACGGGUCGGGUGGUAGUGAAGAUGGGGAUGAUAGAAAUUUGAGACGUUUGUCUCUUCCUUGGCCUUUUAGUACCUUAUUCGGGCCAACAACUGGGCCCCAACCCGGCUCGAUGCCAUCUGCAUCGAGCUCGGGUUCGUCACCAUGGGCUCGUAGAGCCUAUGGUGAGGAUGAGGAACAGUAAGUUUUCAUGUUUGUUAGAGAGUUGUGUAUAGAGACCAGUUGGGAAGUGUAAUGUUGAAACUUAUCGGCUUUCAAAAAUGUAUUUAUACGUAUUAUAUUAA